GUGUUAUAUCCGAGUGGAGAUUAAAUUACAGGUAACUUCCGAGGACUAUUCAUGGACUAAUAUUCUUAUUGUAUAACUACUCAACAAUUACACUAUGUAUAUUUAUAUCCCUCUUAUGACAAGCUUUAUUUUGGCCUAUAAUUUAUUAUUGUACGAUUUACGGUUCUUAAGUUAUGUUCAGUUUAUUAACUACUGCCUCCCACACUCACAGCCACUUUUUGGGCUUAUUUGUGUACAAAUAUUAUUUCCUAUUUUAUGGUACGUUGCGGUCUGUGUGAUUGAUAUAUAAACCAAGUAUGCCUGAAAUAAACGAUCUGCUCUGAUUCUGGUCUGAUCUGCUCUGAUUCGGAAGCUGGUAUCUUGUUCUGGACUCAAGUGGAAGGGCUCGUAGGACAUAGGACCAAUAAGGACACUAAACUGCCCACACCGGUUAAACGUCAUUGGUUGGCCUAGUGCGAAGAUUCGUAUAAGUCGUAUUCGGAUUGGUAGAUAAGUCGUGUGAUCGAAAAGUCAGACAUCCAAGGUCAUAACAAUUGGCGACGGGGAUUUUGGCAAAAACAAAAUAAUUGGGAGACGCAAGGUCAUAACAAUUGGCGACGGGGAUUUUGGCAACAAAGAAAUAAUAAUAAUACAAGUGGUGACUCAGAUUUUGGAAAUAAAUUAGCUGUAUAAUUGCCGGUGAUUUUUGGAGCUAAUAUUAUUGGCAAAAAAAAAAUGUCGAUUUCUUUCGAACAGUUGCGGUUAAUAUUACAGCACCAGCAGAAGAUGUUUGCCUUGCAACAACAGCUAUUUGUAACAGUUUUGGGCAGACUUUGCAUUCAAGCAGAAAAUAAGAAAUCUAUGUAUCAUGCAGAUAAUGGUGCAGUAAUGGACAUUUCAGAAGCAUAUCCUGUGCAGGAUUCAAAUCCCUCUAUACCAGAAGGAAAACGUAAUAUUGGUAACGUGUCCAGCUCAGAGCAAGAAAAUAUUGUGCUAAAUGCACAUGAAGUUGUGACAAUACCAGAUGAUCAGGAGCCAGAUCCUGUAGAUGAUGCCCAGAGUCCAGAAUCAAAUGAAACACUACUGGUACUGUCUAGCUGCGAAAAUAAACGUCAGCUCGAACAAAAUUGUGGUCCACGUGCUAUUAGUCGAGAAAGCUAUGGUGACUCGUAUUCAGAAAAUAACUGGAGCAACACGAUGAACCAAAUUGUACCAGAUGUUACUCAAAAUCACCGGAAGACAGAAUUUUAUAUUGAGUCAACUUAUCCCAUUUCUAAUGACAGUGUGCCAGAUACUGAUUCUCAGAAUAAUGCAUAUGAUUUUGAUGAAACUUCUUAUAACAAUGAGGGGAAUAUGUCAGCUGAGUCGAAUGAUGGCCAAAAAUCUAAUUUAAUUCUGUUAGACGUUGACUUUCUUAAUGACUCGUUAUCUGCUAACGAGAUUCAUAAUGAAUUUGAAAAUAAUGAACUCAGAUCAAAGGUCGUUCAUCAUCAUCUAGUCAUUUUUAGUGGAUUCUCCAGUCAAUACGAGAAACAUGGUUUAAAUAAAGUCCUACUAGUUGUAAUUUGGAGCCAUAAGGACCCAACAUUAUUUCGAGGAGGAGGAGAAUGUUGAGGAAUUUAAAGUCACAUAUGAUUCUUUUUUUUUUAAUCAGAAUCUAAAGUUGGAAUUUUCAAAAAAAAAAGGGGGAGGUGUUAUAUCCGAGUGGAGAUUAAAUUACAGGUAACUUCCGAGGACUAUUCAUGGACUAAUAUUCUUAUUGUAUAACUACUCAACAAUUACACUAUGUAUAUUUAUAUCCCUCUUAUGACAAGCUUUAUUUUGGCCUAUAAUUUAUUAUUGUACGAUUUACGGUUCUUAAGUUAUGUUCAGUUUAUUAACUACUGCCUCCCACACUCACAGCCACUUUUUGGGCUUAUUUGUGUACAAAUAUUAUUUCCUAUUUUAUGGUACGUUGCGGUCUGUGUGAUUGAUAUAUAAACCAAGUAUGCCUGAAAUAAACGAUCUGCUCUG